AUGCCCGAUAUCAGGAGCUUCUUCGGUGGCAAGCCCGCUCAAGGCUCCAGCGAGACCGCGAAGCCCGCGAAGAUGGAAGAUCCCUCCGCCGCAAGAAAGAAGCGUAACAGCAGGAAGGUGGUGGAUGAUAGUGAUGAGGAUGAGGAAUUUGCACCCGCAAAGUCUGAGACCCCGAAGACCAAGUCAAAGAGCCAAUCGAAACCUGAAGAACCCAAGGGAGAGCCCACGACAACCUCAGAUUACUUCGCUUCUAGCAAGAAGAAAGGAAACCUGGCUAAGAGCUCUACGACAGCCGACCAAGCUCCCCCCAAAGCUGCCAGCCCGAAGAAGAAUGUCGACGAAACCCCUGUGAAACCAUCGCGAGCCGCCAAGAAGAACACAAGGGUCAUUGAAGACGAAAAGCAUGGCGGCGAUGACAUUUUCGCCUCGGAAUAUACGGCACGCGGCAAGGGCGACGACGACUAUGUCGCUGGGGGGGACAGUGAGGACGACGGCGAUGACUUCGAAGUUCUUGAAGUCAGGCCAGCCACUGCUGCUUCUAAGAAAACACAAAAAAAGAAGAUAGCCAAGAAUGAGGAAAACGAGGAUGUUAUCAUGGAAGAUCUGCCGAAGGCUGAACUCAAGCCACGGGCAGGUAGCAAGCGCAAGGCCGUCAUCGACGAAGAUGAAGACGAAGCUCCCCAGCCUGCCAAGAAGCGAGCACCAGCGACCAAGGCUCCUGCCUCUCCGGCCGCGAAGAAGAAGGCCAGUCCGAAGAAGAAGAAAGAAUCAGAGCCCGAGAACCCACAGAUCCAAGCCAUCUUUGACAGCAUUCCCUUGGUCACGGCACCCGAGCCUCCUGCACAGAAUGACGACGAACCUCCCAAGAAAUGGCCUUUUGGUGGUCAACGAUCUCGCACUCCGCCUGUGUCUGGUACCAAGGAUAUACCCCAGGGCGAAGAAAACUGCUUGGCAGGGUUGACCUUCGUGUUUACCGGUGUAUUGGAAACCCUGGGCCGAGAUGAGGGCGCUGAGCUGGUCAAAAGAUAUGGUGGAAAGGUUACCGGUGCUCCUAGCUCCAAAACAAGCUUUGUCGUCUUGGGUGGUGACGCUGGACCGUCGAAGCUCAAGACCAUCAAGAAAUUCAAUUUGAAGGCCAUCAACGAAGACGGUCUUUUUGAGUUGAUCCGUCGCCUGCCCCCGAAUGGAGGUUCCGGGCAAGCCGCUGAAAAGCACAAUGCUAAGAAAAAGGCCGAGGAGGAGAAGGUCAAGGCAAUGGCAGCUGAAAUUGACGCCGAGGAGAAGCGAAAGAAGAAAGAGAAGGCUCAAGCGGAUGCACAGCAGACUUCCAAAAAGGGGGAGACUUCAAAUCCUUCAAAGAAGUCGGAUUACCCACCUCCUGUCGAUGACCAACUCUGGACCACAAAGUAUGCGCCUACAGCAGCUUCCAUGAUCUGCGGCAACAAGGCCGCCGUCGAGAAACUCCAGAACUGGCUACGAAACUGGCAUAGAAAUUCCAAGGUCGGAUUUAAGAAUGCAGGCAAAGAUGGAUCAGGCAUUUACCGUGCCGUCAUGAUCCACGGACCUCCCGGAAUUGGCAAAACCACAGCUGCGCACCUCAUGGCAAAAGUCGAGGGGUUUGACAUUGUGGAAACCAAUGCCAGUGAUACGAGAAGCAAGAAGCUCGUAGAGAAUGGUACAUUGGGUGUCCUCGACACAACUUCGUUGCAGGGCUACUUUGCGGGUGAAGGCAAGAAGGUCGAAAGUGCGAAGCGCAACCUUGUCUUGAUCAUGGAUGAGGUUGAUGGUAUGUCUGCCGGUGACCGUGGCGGUGUUGGAGCCGUUGCUGCUAUUGUUAAGAAAACCAAUAUUCCGAUCAUCCUUGUCUGCAAUGAGCGAAGGCUGCCAAAAAUGAAGCCAUUCGACCACGUCACGUUUGAGAUUCCGUUCCGACGUCCGACUGUUGAGCAGAUCCGCGCACGACUAUCCACAAUCUGCUAUCGAGAGGGACUCAAAAUCCCGCCUCCCGUUUUGGAUAGUCUGAUUGAAGGAACACAUGCCGAUAUUCGGCAGCUUAUCAAUAUGCUCUACGCUGCCAAGCUUGACCAGGUGAAUAUGGAUUUCGACAAGGGCAAGCAGAUGUCAAAGGCAUGGGAAAAGCACAUCAUUCUUAAGCCCUGGGACAUUGUGAGCAAAAUACUCAGCGCGCAGAUGUUUUCCCCAAGCUCGACGAGUACCUUGAAUGACAAGAUCGAACUCUACUUCAACGACCACGAGUUUAGCUAUCUCAUGCUCCAAGAGAAUUACCUCAGGACCAGACCCAUUCUUGCCAAUAACCACCACGGCCCAGAGCAAAGAUUGAAAGCCCUCGAGCUUGCGGACAAUGCGGCCUCGAGUAUCAGUGAUGGAGACCUUGUCGAUCGCAUGAUCCACGGGACCCAACAGCAAUGGAGUCUCAUGCCGGCCCAUGCGGUAUUCAGCUUUGUCCGACCGGCUAGCUUCCAGUUUGGAAACAGCUAUGAACGGCCCCAGUUCACAGCUUGGCUUGGACAAAACAGCAAGCAAGGUAAAAUGUCUCGCUACGUCAAGGAAAUCCAGGGCCAUAUGCGUCUUCGCACUACCGGUAAUCGUGAUGAGAUCCGGCAGCAAUACAUGCCCCUGGUAUGGGAGAAGUCAGUCCGACAACUCCAAGAUGUCGGCAAGGAGAGCGUGGAUGAAGUGAUUGAUUUCAUGGACUCCUAUUAUCUGACACGUGAUGACUUCGAUGCCAUGAUGGAAUUAGGGCUUGGACCUAUGGAUCAGUCAAAGGUCAAGCUGGACACACAGACAAAGGCCACAUUCACACGUCUCUACAACCAACGGUCUCACCCCAUGCCAUUCAUGAAAGCCAGCAAUGUAGUGGCGCCGAAGAAGGGCCCGAAAGAGAAGCCUGAUAUUGAAGACGCCAUUGAAGAAUCUGACGAAGAGGAGGUCGUCGAGGAAGCCAAGGAUGACGAGGAAGAGUUGGAUUUGAAGAAGGACAAGUAUGUCAGUCAGCCUAAGAAGAAGGCUGCGCCCAAAGCGAAGAAAGGCAAGAAGGCCGCCGCUGCCGCCGAAGAUGAGUUCAUCGACGACAGCGAGGAGAAGCCGAAGAAGGGGCGCAAGGGGAAAGCCAAAGCUAAGGCGUAA